GGGCGGUGGCUGCGCCGCAUCCGACUGGUGGGCGCGGGACCAGGGUGGGCACCCGAGCCUGUCAUCCCUGAGGGGUCGGCGGGGUGCGGGCGGCGAUGCACCGCUGUCCCUGGCACCAGGGCCGCGCCGGGCUCUUGUUCCCCGCCCCGCGGCCCCGCCCCUUGCCCCACCCCAGCCGGGAGACCUAGCCCGGGCCGCAGCGCAGCGGCCGCAGCAACAUCACUCUCGCCGCCGCUGCUCCGCCCCAUCCCCUUCUGUUUUUCUCUCAUUCUCCGGUGGCGGCGGCGGGGAAGGCGGAGGAGAGGCGGCAGCAGCCAGCUGUGUCUGCAAUGAAUGAUCCCCCAGCCGGAGGGGAGGACUCCAGGUGAGCCUCUGCCCUCGGGAGGACCGGGAUUCCCCGGCCGCCCAGGUCCCGCAUCCCCCGCCAUGGAUCCCUAGGGGAAGGGGAAAAAGGAGGAGGAAAAGACAGUUCUGCCGCCCACCCCCAUCUCAUUUUCCUCUUCCUUUAUCUCAUUGUUGCCGAAGCUGUUUACCGUAGCGCUCUCUCUUGCCCCAGCAUGGGGCGGGUUCCAGGCGCUGCCCUUGGGCAGGAGCUGCUUGCGCGGUUGCCUGGGGAUUCUGCCUAAUUUUACCUCUCCAGUCUGUGCACCGAAAGCCGUGGAGAGCAGUGGAGGCCUGGACUGCAGCAGCCUCGGGGCCAACUCCCUGCAUCCCCACGCUGGGAGGCUGCAUGCGGAUUGAAGAGCGGUGUCUGGGGGCUGGGCCAGCCCGGCUGAUCCCGACCUAGGAGUAGGACAGGAGGACCGCCCAGGCUGCAGAGCGGCCCAUCUGGAAGGACAGAGCCGCAAGAUGGCCAGUAAGACCAAGGCCAGUGAGGCCCUAAAGGUGGUGGCCCGGUGCCGCCCCCUCAGUAGGAAGGAGGAGGCUGCUGGUCAUGAGCAGAUUCUGACCAUGGACGUGAAAUUGGGCCAGGUGACUCUGCGAAACCCCCGCGCGGCGCCCGGGGAACUGCCCAAGACCUUCACUUUUGAUGCUGUGUAUGAUGCUAGCUCGAAGCAGGCCGACCUGUAUGACGAAACGGUGAGGCCCCUGAUAGACUCGGUGCUUCAGGGUUUCAACGGCACCGUGUUUGCCUAUGGCCAGACCGGCACCGGCAAGACCUACACCAUGCAGGGGACCUGGGUGGAGCCAGAGCUCCGCGGGGUUAUCCCCAACGCCUUUGAGCACAUCUUCACCCACAUCUCCCGCUCCCAGAACCAGCAGUACCUGGUUCGCGCCUCCUACUUGGAGAUCUACCAGGAGGAGAUUCGAGACCUGCUAUCCAAGGAGCCGGGCAAGAGGCUGGAGUUGAAGGAGAAUCCUGAAACGGGGGUCUAUAUCAAGGACCUCUCCUCGUUCGUCACCAAGAACGUCAAGGAGAUUGAGCACGUGAUGAACCUGGGGAACCAGACCCGGGCAGUGGGCAGCACCCACAUGAACGAGGUCAGCUCCCGCUCCCACGCCAUCUUUGUCAUUACGGUAGAGUGCAGUGAGCGGGGCUCAGACGGCCAGGACCACAUCCGAGUAGGCAAGCUCAACCUGGUAGACCUGGCUGGCAGUGAGAGGCAGAACAAGGCAGGUCCCAACACCCCUGGAGGGCCGGCCACACAGCCCACGGCUGGUGGCGGCGGUGGCGGUGGUGGCGGCGGUGGCGGUGGUGGCGGUGGCAGCGGAGAGAGGCCUAAGGAAGCCUCUAAAAUCAAUCUCUCACUGUCUGCCCUGGGCAAUGUGAUCGCUGCUCUGGCGGGCAACAGGAGCACCCACAUCCCCUACCGGGACUCCAAACUGACCCGGCUGCUCCAGGACUCACUGGGGGGCAAUGCCAAGACCAUCAUGGUGGCCACACUGGGUCCAGCUUCUCACAGCUACGAUGAGAGCCUCUCCACCCUCCGCUUUGCAAACCGGGCCAAGAACAUCAAGAACAAACCCCGGGUGAAUGAGGACCCCAAGGACACGCUGCUGAGGGAAUUCCAGGAAGAGAUCGCCCGCUUGAAGGCCCAGCUGGAGAAGAGGGGGAUGCUGGGCAAGCGACCUCGCAGAAAGAGCAGCCGCAGAAAGAAGGCUGUGUCAGCCCCAGCCGGUUACCCAGAGGGGCCAGUGAUUGAGGCCUGGGUGGCCGAAGAAGAAGAUGAUAACAAUAACAAUCACCGCCCACCCCAGCCCGUUCUGGAGUCAGCUUUGGAGAAGAACAUGGAGAAUUACCUGCAGGAACAGAAGGAGCGGCUGGAGGAGGAGAAGGCCGCCAUCCAGGAUGACCGCAGCCUAGUGAGUGAGGAGAAACAGAAGCUUCUGGAAGAGAAGGAGAAGAUGCUAGAGGAUCUUCGGAGGGAGCAGCAGGCCACAGAGCUGCUCGCAGCCAAGUAUAAGGCCAUGGAAAGCAAGCUGCUCAUUGGGGGGAGGAACAUCAUGGAUCACACCAACGAGCAACAGAAGAUGCUGGAACUGAAGCGGCAGGAGAUUGCCGAGCAGAAACGCCGUGAACGGGAGAUGCAGCAGGAGAUGCUGCUCCGAGAUGAGGAGACCAUGGAGCUGCGUGGUACCUACUCAUCCCUGCAGCAGGAGGUGGAGGUCAAAACCAAGAAGCUCAAGAAGCUCUAUGCCAAGCUACAGGCGGUGAAGGCUGAGAUCCAGGACCAACAUGAGGAAUACAUCCGCGUGCGUCAGGACUUGGAGGAGGCGCAGAACGAGCAGACCCGGGAACUCAAGCUCAAGUACCUCAUCAUUGAGAACUUCAUCCCCCCUGAGGAGAAGAACAAGAUCAUGAACCGCCUUUUUCUGGACUGUGAGGAGGAACAGUGGAAGUUCCAGCCACUGGUGCCAGCUGGAGUGAAUAACAGUCAAAUGAAGAAGCGGCCAACUUCGGCCGUGGGCUACAAGAGACCUAUCAGCCAGUAUGCUCGGGUUGCCAUGGCAAUGGGGUCCCAUCCCAGAUACAGGGCUGAAAAUAUAAUGUUUUUGGAGUUGGAUGUUUCUCCACCGGCUAUCUUUGAGAUGGAAUUUUCUCACGACCAAGAACAAGAUCCACGGGUUCUACACAUGGAGAGGCUCAUGAGGUUGGACAGCUUUCUGGAAAGACCUUCCACGUCGAAAGUGCGAAAGUCAAGAUCUUGGUUAGUGCCACCGUGGUGAAAGUGAGCCCUGGACUUUAGGAUGCAGGG